CGACGGGAUUCAUGAAUUCGUACUCUCUCUCUCUCCCUCUCCAGUCUCCACUGCUUACAAGUAACAAUACUUUCCUGCUUGCAGGGAUGGUUUAUUUCAUCCUCAAACCCCUCCUUCCCUUCCUGCUUCUUCCCGUCAACCAUGUACCUAAAAAUCCCUUCUUUCCUUUCUUCUUCCGCGAAAUUUUACUUCUCACACUUUUACUUUGCCAAGAAUUCAUCUCCCAUUCCAUAGAAGGCAUCAAGAACUGGAGUAUUUCGAUGCCCCAAACCCACAAAUCCCUAAAACCAAUGCCUUCCAAAAAAGAAAGCAACUUUGAUGAUAUUGGUUUACAUGAAACUGCCUCAGGGAAAAUGACGGUCCUUGAUCUUCCAGAGCUGCCAUUGGAUUGUAUUCUGAAAAAGCUAUCGCCUUCGGAGCUCUGCAAUAUGGCUUGCGUUUGCAGGUCUUUGAAGGAGAGAUGCAGGCGUGACGAACUCUGGGAGAGGCAUAUGAGGGAGAAAUGGAACAGGGUGAUUGGAGAAGCAGCCCGGAGGGAGUGGAAGUUGCAGGUUGCAGAAAGGAGAGAUAUUAACAUUAGAGGCGAAACUGGUAGAGUUAAGUGGAAGGUGUGGAUGGGGAGAUUGGCUUGUUUGUGGCCUCUUUCAUGGCUCAAGCGCAAGAUUGAAAGUCGGAGAAAUGGUUGGAGAAGCUCUCCACCUGAUUCUUCACUUGUUUCAUUCUAUCUGGCGCUUGAGAGUGGUCGAUUCUCCUUUACAGCUCAGGUUUAUAAUCGUGAGAACGGACAUACAGGAUUUUUUAUGUCUUGCUAUGAUGCAGAGAUUAGUUACAAUGCUCGUACAAACAAGUUUUUUGCAAGGUAUCCACCACAUGGAAAAAGAAUUCCAGCUAUAGAGGAAGUGCCAUGGGAGAGAACAAGAGCUCCUUCAGUUGUUACUUCAGCAAAUGAGCUUCACAUCUCAGACUGUUUAACUGACUUGCGUCCUGGUGAUCAUUUUGAAAUUCAAUGGAGAAGGAGCAAAGAGUUCCCAUACGGUUGGUGGUAUGGAGUUAUUGGGCAUUUGGAGAUGUGUGACAGAAGUGAUCAUCGCUGUUGUUGUGACUCAAGUGAAACCAUUGUGUUGGAGUUCAAUCACUACCCGUCUGGAUCAAGAUGGAGGAGGAAAACCAUAAAUAGAAAAGAACACAGAGAAGAUGGUGAUGAAAAUUAUGGGUUUUAUGGAGGAAUUAGGAAGAUUCAAAAUAAGGAAGAGAUAUCUAAGUGGAUGCAGUUUUGGCCAGCUCAAGUUCUUUAGCUUUGCUGUCUCUCUUCUUCAAUCUUUGAAUAUAAUCACUAAAAAUUUGGCUUUGAUUUUUGCUGCACAUCAUCUUACUGAAGCUGACAUUGAUAAAUGAAUGAGCUUAUUCAGAAUGA